GCCGGAACCCCGAAGAACUCGGAUCUCCGAAAGCAUAUGAUCGGCCGCCGUCGUUAUGUGUGUGACUGCCAGUGAAGGGCCUACUUCCAGUCUGCUAAUGCAAUGACCCUCGAAACAAUGCCAAUAUAAGCGAAGCAGCCAUUGAUCUUCUACAAUUCGUGCUGAUACCCAACACUUCCCGGUCCCUGAUUUCGCAGAUGCACGUACGUCGAAACACACCCCACCCGCCUCUCCGCAAAACCUCAAGUCCUAACUCCAGCAGACCAUCGCCUACAGACCAUUCGAGUCACCACUUCACGCUAUCACACACGCGUCCAGGCUCAACUUUCGAUUCACGUUGAGAUGCACACCGACACCGACCCCGACGCAGGAUUCACCGUCCACGUCGACUCGCUCCAAUGGCUCCCACUCGCCCCCCGCGUCUUCAUCAAGGUCGUGAAACUCGUCCCCGAGACGGGCGAGUACACGAUCAUGGUCCGCGCCGAGCCGGGCGGUCUCCUCCCGCGCCACCGUCACGUAGACAGCGCCGAGAUCUACGUCCUCAAGGGCAGCGGCGCGCAUCCGCAGACGGGGUCCUUUGUCGCCGGCGACUAUGUGUCUGAGAGUAGAGGCGCGGUGCACGACCCGCUCCCGUUCGACUGCGAGACCGAGCUGCUGAUGGUCAGCCGCGGGCCCUCGGUGUUUCUGGGGGACAACGGGGAGGAUUUGUAUGUCAUGGAUGUGGAGAUGCUGCAGGGAAUGGUGGCGGCGGCGAUGGAGAACGCUUAGGGUGGUGUUGUGGGAUCGUGGACUAGAUUAUGUUGAGUGCUGGGAGGUCUUGUGGUGGUUCCGUUAUUCGGUGGAAAGCGAGGGUGCGGGAGGAUUGUGAUCGCGGAGAGAUCAUUCUUAGCAUUGAUACGGUGUCAAGUAUACCUAAUGCAACACUGUUGAGUGUACGAAGAGUUCUUUCACAGACGGUACACCGGCUUCGCAUUGUAAUCAGGCAAGCUGUGCUUUGUCAGCACA